GUGUUAUCCAGUUGCCAAGCUGAAAUAAAAAAAACUGACAAGGCCGACCAAUGAAUCGAUGUCACGACCGCGGAUCCCUUACAGUAUCCCUCCCUCAUCGCCACUUUGGUACAGGCAAGCUCUCAGCUCUAAGCCACACAGCUCAACCUGAAGUUGAAUUACAUAGGUAUCAUAUCGAUUCACUUGAGAAUAAAGAUAGAAAGACAGACAUGCAUUAUCACUUAUUAUAUAUAAACUUAUAAAAGCUACCAUUUCCCAAAACAUAGCAUAUUCCACGACUCAGAUCUCUUCUCCCUUACAUCCUUGCCGUGACAGCAUUGCUUGCGGCCUUCAUACUUACACAUCACUACCAUCACUACCCCUCCUUGCUCUCAUCAUCCCACCUCUCACCAGCUCUCCUCACCUUAGCCUACCGUCUUCUUCCAAACUUUCUCAUUUCUUACUCGCCUUCUUCCUCUCCUCCCACCGCAGAAGUGAACAUGGCAUACCAAUUCCGCACAGUCGCUUAUUUCGUCAACUGGGCCAUCUACGGCCGUAAGCACCGGCCUCAAGACCUACCCGUCGAGAAGUUGACGCACAUCUUAUACGCCUUUGCCAACGUGCGUCCAGAGUCCGGCGAGGUCUAUCUAACUGAUACCUGGGCCGACACAGAUAUCCACUGGGAAGGCGAUAGCUGGAAUGAUGUCGGCACCAAUCUAUACGGCUGCCUCAAGCAGCUCAACCUUCUCAAGCGCAGGAACCGACAACUUAAAGUCCUUCUUUCUGUCGGCGGCUGGACCUACAGCAGCAACUUCAAGCAGCCGGCAUCUACACCCCAAGGCCGCGCCAACUUCGCCAACUCCUGCGUCGAGCUAAUCAAGAACUUGGGCUUCGACGGCAUCGACGUGGACUGGGAGUACCCGCAAUCCCCAGCCGAGGCCGCCGACUUCGUCGCCUUGCUGUACGCCGUGCGCGAGGCCAUGGACGCGUAUAGCCGCACCUUGCCCACGCCGUACCACUUCGAGCUGACGGUAGCCUGUCCAGCCGGCGCGCAGAACUUCACUAAGCUUGAUAUCCAGGGUAUGGACCGGGUGCUCGACUUCUGGAACCUGAUGGCGUACGACUACGCGGGGUCGUGGGACUCGGUGGCGGGGCACCAGGCGAACCUGUACCCGAGCGCAUCUAACCCACGCGCUACGCCCUUCAGCACCGUUGCCGCUGUCGAUUACUACCUAUCACGGGGCGUAGCCCCGAGUAAGAUAGUUCUUGGGAUGCCGCUAUACGGGCGCGCGUUCCAAGGCACUGAUGGUCUAGGAAGCGGAUAUAGUGGCGUUGGCGAGGGAACCUGGGAGAACGGCGUGCACGACUAUAAAAAACUACCAUUACCUGGUGCCACAGAGUAUUUCGACCGCGAGGCCCGGGCCAGCUACUGCUACGAGCCCAAUACGCGGACACUGGUCAGCUACGACACGGUGGACAUGGCGCGGACAAAAGCGUGGUGGAUCCGCGAGGAGCGACGGCUAGGUGGCGCCAUGUGGUGGGAGAGUAGUGCCGAUAAGGAGGGAAGAGAGAGCUUGAUCGGGAAUGUGGUUGAUGUGUUGGGUGGACCGGGGGCGCUGGAUCGUAAGCCAAAUUUGAUUGAAUAUCCGUAUAGUAAGUAUGAGAACCUCAGGGCCGGGUUUCCUAAUAACUAGGAUGGGGAUUAUUGAGCGGAAAACACGGGCAAAAUGAAAGGAUAUAGGGGUUGUGUAGAAUGUCUAUGGGUUAUACGGAUUCAGUUCCGUGGAAUAUGAGCGGUUGCUCUGAUGGGUUCGGCAUAUAUAUACGAUAGACGACUGGUAAUUCACCAGAUACAAAUGACCUAUGUACGCGCAACUUGGUAGCAGUCGGGUCUAUGAAUAAAAAGAAUCAAUAAUCCA